AUGGAGUUGGGGGGUGUGUCCUAUCUGACAGAGGAGUGUCUUCUACAGGCCACGCCCACCUGCCUUGGGUGCUUCAUCGAGACCCGGGACCCCGCCCCUAUCCAUGACCCCGCCCCUAUCCAUGACCCCGCUCCUAUCCAUGACCCCGGCCCCACGACUCCUGACCUUGACCGUGAGGCAGGGCUGGUAAGCCACCAGGACUUGGAGGCCACUUCCUGCCCUAUCUCUGACAUCCGCAGCAUCAAUAUCCCAUGUCUGAGCCAGGCUGGGGAGGUCAUAGAGGUCCUCGGGGAGCCGCUCCUGCCAGACCAGCUUCUCAGCUUCUCCAUGACCAAAACCUGCCACGCCACCGCCCUCACUACCGCCCUCGUUACCGCUAACAACAAGACAGGAGACAACAGAGAGAAGACAGAAGCAGAGGAUCCCACGACCAAUAAUCUGUAUGAGGGCCUCCUAUUGGACAAGAUGAACAGAGAGGAGGGCCUUCUAUUGGACAAGAUGAACAGAGAGGAGGGCCUCCUAUUGGACAAAGUGAAUGUGGAGGAAAUGCUGCUAUUGGACAAGGUCAACGGGGGGGGAGUGUUGCUAUUGGACAAAGUGAAUGGGGAGAAGGUGCUGCUAUUGGACAAGGUCCCCAGGGAGGAAGUGUUGCUAUUGGACAAGAUGAACAGAGAGGAGGUCCUCUUAUUGGACAAAGUGAAAGGGGAGGAGGUGCUGCUAUUGGACAAGGUCAGCAGGGGGGAAGUGUUGCUAUUGGACAAGAUGAACAGAGAGGAGGUCCUCUUAUUGGACAAAGUGAAAGGGGAGGAGGUUCUGCUAUCGGACAAGGUCAGCGGUGAGGAGGUCCUUCUGGCCAAUGCGGGUCAGGACUGGGGUUACUUCGAGUCGUUUAUCAGUGAGUCCAAGAUGGAGCUGCUGGACCUGUGUUCUAAGACCGACCUGUCAGUCAACCUGUUCUCCGAAGACGACGUUGACAACCUGUUUGACGACGACGACGAGGACUCAGCUCUGAGCAGCGAAAUGUGUUCUCUAAAGAUCCGCUACGAGUCCUUCCAGGACAACAUGAGAGAGAAGACCAACGUCUUGCAGGAGGACACACAGUUCAACUUCUUCCCCUCUGUCCUGGUCAACUGUGCCAAGAGGGAGGAUGGAGGAGUAGGAGAAGGAGGAGGAGGGGGGAGGAGGACAGGGGAGGAGGGUAAAGCUGAGGAGCUGAGCCUUGUGGUGGGGGAGGAGGGUGGGAAGGUGGGGGAUGUUAAUCCCCUAGUGGGGUCUCAGGGGUCCCAGGGUUCACCCCUCUCCUCCACCUCCUCUGUCAACUACUUGCUGGAGUUCAGAAACUCAGUCGAGGAGGAUGCGGAGUACAGCGAUGAGUCCUCCUGCACCUCCACGGACACCCUGCAGGAGGUGCAGCCGGGCCAGAGGAGGGGAGGAGGAGGAGGAAGUGCGCCCAGGGGUUCCAGGAGACCCUCUGACCCUCUGGACUACGGCCUGCGCUCCAAAAGGAAGGUCCACUACAGUGACGACUACCUGUACGACGUCGACUCCAUCGACAGCCACGACAAGACCGAGAGAAUCGUCACGGAGAAGAGAGAGAAGGUUCCGGCGGAACAGAGGGAGGAGGAUGUGGACUGGUGCCCCAAGAAGAGACGGAAAUUCUCCCGGAAGGAGCCGCCAGUCAUCACCAAGUACAUAAUCAUCAACCGCUUCAAAGGACAGAGACGCAUGUCUGUGAAUCUGGGCAGGCUGGACCCUGCCGGGGACGCUGCCGUGAGCCUGGACACUGCCGUGAGCCUGGACCCUGCCGGGGAGAACCACUACUCCUCUCUGUCUCCACUGAAAGACUUCUGGCAGGAGAGGAGGAGGGAGCGGGAGGAGCAGCUGCGGCUGACGUCCAGAGAUAAACAGCAUCUGAACAGGCGCCGCCACCCCCCCUUUAGUUCCAUGCACCCCAAACGGAAAUACAAGAUAGCCAACAGCCUGUGUGUCCAGAGGAUCCUCCAGACAGGGGAGGGAUCAGCAGCAGCUCAGGACUCAGGUUCUACCCCCUCUGUCUCUGAUCAGGCUGUUACUACAGAGGAGGGGGGAGGGGGAAGAGCAUCGUUAGAACCACAGGACAUCACACACACCGGAACAGCCAAGAAGAGCCGCACCCAGGAGAGAGAGGAGAGGGAUGGGAGGAGGACGGGAGGAGGGAAAACAGGGAGGAUAAGGAAAUUCAAGAGCCAAGCCAGGCUGAGCAGUAACAAGACAAUGAAAGAGGGAGGAGCAGGUGGAAGAGCGGAGGGGGGGAGCGUGAUGAAUGGAGCGGCGGAUGCCUGUACUGCUGCUGAUGCUGGGGUGUUAACCAACCAGGAGCCUGCUGGCAGCGUACGAGUGGCAGACAUCAGCUCUAACACACCCAGCCCCCCUUUCUCCUCCCUGGAUCCCACCAACCAGCAGACAUUCCCCUUCACCUCCUCCUCCUGCGCCUCUGUCCUCGUCUCUUCUGACCAAGCUGUACCUUCUGGGGAGAGGGAGGAAGAGGUGUCAGUGAUCCCAGGGGGGUACCUGCAGACCCUACUAGAUUCCUCAGAUUCCUCCAGGAGGGUAGGUAUCACCUACUACCCCCAGCAUCCCCCCACGCAGAACUAUCCCCCAGGUCUCUCUCUAGAGGAGAAACAGCCCCCCAGGCAGAACUAUCCCCCAGGUCUCUCUCUAGAGGAGAAACAGCCCCCCAGGCAGAACUAUCCCCCGGGACUCUCUCUAGAGGAGAAACAGCCCCCCAGGCAGAACUAUCCCCCGGGUCUCUCUCUAGAGGAGAAACAGCCCCCCACGCAGAACUAUCCCCCGGGUCUCUCUCUAGAGGAGAAACAGCCCCCCACGCAGAACUAUCCCCCGGGUCUCUCUCUAGAGGAGAAACAGCCCCCCAGGCAGAACUAUCCCCCUGGUCUCUCUCUAGAGGAGAAACAGACCCCCAGGCAGAACUAUCCCCCAGGUCUCUCUCUAGAGGAGAAACAGACCCCCAGGCAGAACUAUCCCCCUGGUCUCUCUCUAGAGGAGAAACAGACCCCCAGGCAGAACUAUCCCCCAGGUCUCUCUCUAGAGGAGAAACCGUUUUCCUCCCUGCAGCUAGUCCAGAGCUGUGUCCUCUCCCCUCCCUCCGAGUCAGAGCUCCAACAGUCCCCCCAAAACUGUCCCAGCUUCCCCCUCUCCAUGUGGAACCACCAGCCCCAUCUCUGCCCCAGCUACCCUCACAGCCAGGGGGGCUUUGGCCCCGACACCACUCUCCUUUCCAGCGGGUUCCUGCCCUUGACGGACGGCCUGCCUGGGUCGGGGUCUGGGUCGGACUACAGCCAGCAGGGAUCAGAGACUGACAGACUGCUGUACGAGAAGAGUUACCUUGUGGAGGGGGACGGGAUGGGGUUGCAGGAGCUGCAGGUGUGUCAGUCAGGUGUCUGUCUGGGGCAGGUGCAGUACCAGCGAGGCUCUCUCUGCUCAGACCAUGGAUGUCUGAUCAGCUAUGACUCUGUCGGCUCCUUGUCUGCCUGCUCCUCCAACUACAGCUCUCAGAGCUUUGGGGAACAGCGUGAGGGAGGAGGGGAGAUGGAGGAGAGGAGAGACAGCUACCUGCAGCACUGCAGCCCCACGGUGUUGUUCCAACAGAGCCUGGAGAACAUGGGUCACCCCAUCACCCCCCUCAGAGAGUCCUCAGACCUCCUCGACAUUUCAAACUUCACCCCCGACAAGUUCAGACACUCCUCCCUGUCCGAGCUGUCGCCCCCGGAGACCCCCAACCUCUCCCCCCAGGUGACGGAGUGGGAGAUGAGGACAGGAGGCAAAGCCCCGGAGUACCAGGAUCAGGUGACAGGAUGUGACAUCAGCAGGGAGGCGAAGUGGAACUGUGACAUCAUGCAGCAGGCGGAGCAGCACGGGGUGGAGGGGCAGCCCUCAUUCAACGGAGAGGGGGAGGGGGGGAAGAACACCCGCUCUAAGAGGAAAGCAGGUUAUAAACAGGCUGCAGCGGCAGCAGGGGGACAGCAGGGGCCUAAGAGAGGCCGGGCCCCCAGAGCAUCCAAGACAGAGAAGGUGAAGAUGCCUAGACAGAGCCGCUCUUCUAAGAAGAUCAAAGCCAUGCUUGAGGGGAAGGCUGCCAAGGGCCAGGCGCAGGCGGAGGUGAACCUUCAGCCCCACAGCCACGGUAGCACUGGGGACUGGUCUGGUAGCAGUACCGGGCCUAGGGGCUGGUCGGAGGGGAACACCAGCCUGGGGGAAGGGAAGGAGCAGCAGGAGUUUGAGGAGCCAUCCAACAUCCUGUCCAACAUUGUGUCCGGCAUGGCGGAGGUCCAGAGGUUCAUGAUGGAGUCCAUGGAGCCUCAGUGGGACCCGCUGGAGGGCGACCUGCCGCCCGACACCAACAGCCUCAACAUGAAGACCCUCCACAUCCUCCAGGGGAGGGGGGGCAAGAAGGGAGCAGGCUCCGUGGGGGUCGGACGGGGCAGGAAGGCCAGGGGCAAGGUGGGGAAGAACCAGGCCAAGUUUAACACCUCCCACCCCAUCUUCCCCCAGCUCGCUCUGGGCUGCAACAUGUUCGACAAACCCAACUCUAUUAGCCCAGGCCCCACGCACAAAAAACUGUACCGUCACAAGACCAGUGCCAAGUUCCCAAACAUGGAGACUGUGAAGGGCAAGCGAGGGGGAGCGGAGAGGAACCCAAACAAGGACUUGGCCCUCAUGGUCUCUUUUGAGAAACUGAGGUAAUAUUUUGUUAUCUGAUGCUGUUGCCCUCCCCUACCACCCCACCCCCCCCUGCCUCCAUCCACUACCUGCUCAGCUCCCCUUCCUCCUCCCACCCCCCUAUCUCCGUCCACUACCUGCUCAGCUCCCCUUCCUCCUCCCACCCCCUAUCUCCGUCCACUACCUGCUCAGCUCCCCUUCCUCCUCCCACCCCCUAUCUCCCCUCACUACCUGCUCAGCCUCAAGUCCCCCCCACUACCUACUCAGCCCCCCUUCCUACUCCCACCCCCCUAUCUCCCCUCACUACC